CUUGCAGAUUAACAAGAAGGGGUCUAUGCCAUCUGCUGUUCAUACCACCAUAACCAAACACCACCCACCCCGCAUACAAUCAAUACACCAUGCCAAGAGGAGGUAAAGGUGGUAGAGGAAGACGCGGUGCAAAGCAUGGAGGCGGAAUUGCACGAAGCAGAGAUGAUGGAGGUCGAUCAAAUACAUGGCAAAGUAAUGGACCUGCAAUGCAAACAAAUAAAUACUUUGAAGCAUACUAUUGGGAUCAGAAUAUAGUCAAUCCUGAUCAAUGGCAAGCAUUUUUGGAUCAUUUACGUGCCCCGCUUCCAACUUCAUUCAGAAUCACAUCUGGUAAACCAACAACGGCAAUCUUGAUCGAACAAAUGCAAAACUUUUACCUUCCUUAUUUGAGUAAUGUCAAGUUUGAAGGUGAACAAGUCCCACCACCAAAAGCAUUACCUUGGUAUCCCGAAAGUAUGGGAUGGCAAAUCGAUGUCAAGAAGAACGCUUUAAGGAAAACAGAACAAUUCCAGAAAUUCCAGCAAUUCUUGGUUCACGAAACAGAGGUGGGUAACAUUUCACGUCAAGAGACCGUCUCAAUGAUUCCACCACUCUUCUUGAACGUAGAGCCACAUCAUAUCGUUUUGGACAUGUGCGCUGCUCCAGGCUCAAAGACUGCUCAAUUGAUCGAAGCUUUGCACAGUCCUUUGACAACUAUGGCAGAAUCCUACGAUCCUUGCCCACCCGGUAUCGUGAUCGCAAAUGAUGCUGAUGCAAAACGUGCUCACAUGUUGGUUCAUCAAUCUGCUCGUCUGCCUUCACCUAAUAUCGUUGUCGCAAAUUGUGAUGCGUCUAGAUGGCCUUCUGUUCGGGUUCCAUGGAAUGCAAAAGGAAGUGAAAGCGUUCAAGAAAGAACAAUGAAAUUCGAUCGGGUUUUGGCAGACGUUCCUUGCAGUGGAGAUGGUACACUUCGAAAGAACUUGAUGAUUUGGAAAGAUUGGCACCCACAUAAUGGAUCUUCUUUGCAUCCUCUGCAAUUAAGGAUCUUGAUGCGUGGAUUGCAAAGUUUACGAAACGGUGGAAGAUUGGUUUAUUCGACUUGCAGUUUGAACCCAAUUGAAGAUGAAGCCGUUGUUGCGCAAGCAUUGAGAGAUUGCAAGGGUACAGUCAAACUUGUCGAUCAGAGCCAUGCUUUCCCAGAGCUAAUCCGGAAGAAGGGUGUAUUCACCUGGAAGGUAUGCCCUACUAAAGGCAGCAAGGAUAAGCUGAACGUAGCCAAGACUGCAGAGGGAGAGACCGAAGGUGAACAAAAGUCAGAAGAGAAAAUUGAAGGCGAACAGAAGGCAGAAGAAAAGACUGAAGGUGGAGAAGGGUCUAGCUACCGCGAUACCCUACCUCAAUUACCCUAUGUCGAAAAGCACGACGACUUAGCACCUGAAUGGCGUGAAAAAGUACCCAAAUCACUUUGGCCACAAGGUGACGAAGAAGCUCUUGGAUUGGAUAAAUGCAUGCGUAUUCUUCCUCAAGACCAAAACACAGGAGGCUUCUUUGUUGCUGUUCUAGAGAAAGAUGACGGCUCAGAGCCCGAAUUGAGCGAAGGAAUGGCCCAUGGAAUGGUGAGAGCGAUGGGAUUGAAAGAUGCGACUGUGUCGAAACAAGAGGCAGCGAACACAGCAAAGAGACCUUUGAAUGGUGAUGAAGAGGAGGAGUCGAAUAAACGUGUCAAGACUGAUGCUGACGUGGCCGGAGAUGCGAAUGGAGCCGGUCCCUCAAACGGAGUUGCGGUUGAGAAGAAGCCAGAGGAUAUCGGACAGCCAGGCGGUGCACCUUAUCGUGAAGAUCCAAUGGUUUACGUUGAUCAAAAUAAUGAACAAUCACAAUCGAUCGUCUCAUUCUUUGGUUUGACAGACAAGUUCGAUAAACGCAACUUAUUGGUCCGUAAUCGUGACGCCAAUCCGCUUCGAUCGGCAUACUUUACAAGCACCUCUGUCCGUGCUUUGAUCACAUGUGGUGGUGCAGGAAAAGGAGACCAUCCAUACGGAAAUCCAUUGAAGAUGCGUUUGAUCAACAGUGGUGUUCGAUCUUUCGCCCGACAAGAUUCAGGAAAGGAUCCACAAUUGAAAUGCAAAUGGCGUGUGACAUCUGAUGCUAUUCCGGUCUUGCGUCCAUUGAUCGAAGCAAAGAAGAUCCUGCAUGCAAGUAUUUCCGAUUUUGCCUUUAUGAUCUCUAAUCACUAUCCUAAAUUGAGCGACGUACCUGAAGGUGAUUUCCGUACAGCUCUUCAAAACGAAGAUAUCGGAAGUCAUUUGGUGGAUAUUGCACCGGGAACAUAUCAAGACCAAAAGCUUGAACGAACAAUCUGCGUACCAAUUUGGCGUGCACCAGCAAGUAUGAAUUUGAUGUUAGAAAGACAAGAAAAGAGUGCAUUAAGCUACAGAAUUUUCGGAAAAGAUCUUUCGAACCCGUCUGGUGCACGUCAAUUCGUGGUCAGUAAAGCACAAAAACAAGCUCAAGCUCAAGCAAAUGCUAAGAGACAACAAAAAGAAGAACAAUCAAUGAAGAUUGACGAAGAUGAAUUGGAAGCAUUAGAAAAUGCAGCUGCGAGCACCACUGCUGCAAAGGAAGAGCAGGAGCAACAAGAGGAGACUGCAGCACAAGUCGAAGAGGAAGGACAAGAGCUCUCUGUGGAUGUGUGAAUUUGUGGUACCGCAUUUAGAGCUGUUUUGUAGAUUAAUAUCACACUUUCAAUGUUAAAAUUGUUUCAUUACCC